AUGAAGACCUCUCUCGUCUACCUCGCCGCCCUGGUCCUGUCGGCCAUCGCCGUGCCCGUCGAGCACUCCGAAGCUGGCCUGAACCCGGAGCUGCCAGCCGUCGACAGCAAGGCCGCAAAGGCCCCGCCCGCCAACGCCAACGCCGCUCCCAAGGCCGCCCCGAAGCCCGCUCCCAAGAAGGCGCCCAAGCAGGAUCCCAAAAAGUCGCCUAAGCAGGACCCCAAGAAGUCUCCCAAGCAAGACCCCAAGGCCGCUCCCAAGCCGGCGCCCAAGAAGGGCGCGCCCGCGCCCAAGAAAGGACAGCCCGCGCCCAAGAAGGGGAAGCCUGCGCCCAAGGCCGCUCCCAAGCCCAAUGCCGCAGCCCCCAACGCAACUGCGCCCUUACCGCUCGGGCCUGAAACGUGCGCCGGCAUGGGCAAGUCCUGCGCCCACGUCUACAACAAGUUCAAGGACGCCCUCGACAACGGCACCAUCGACCUCGAGAUGAUUGACGAGUUUGCCGCCAAGCUCGAGAGAGACCCCAAGUGCGCAGACGCCGUGCAGGACUGCGGCGGCAAGCUGCCCCAAGGCGUCCUCCCGGCCCCGGCCUCCGCCGGCAAGGCGCCGGGCCCGAAAGGCGGCGCCCCCGCCCCGGCCACCGGCAAGGCCCCCGCGGGAAAGCCGGCCGGCGGACCCUCGGCCCCCAAGGUCUAA